AUGACCAAGACCCACCGCAAGGCCACCUCCUCGGCAGAGGAUGCUUUUAAUCGCCACUACGCUGCCAGAUGGGGCGAAGAGCGAUGGAGCAACUCGUUGUUGCCAGCCUUACGCCAGCCGACACGAUACGCAUGUGUACUCAACCGCUACGCUGCGCUGCCUGGCGGCCUUCAACUCAUACAAGAUCCUAACGUGGAGACGCGUGAGCUGAACUUGCCCAUCAAGGCCAACGGAGCACGCCUUGGAGACGAAGGUUAUCCUCCCAACUGCUAUGCUCGAUACACAAAGCCAGCACAAGACAGCGAGGCUGUCCCAAGCGCCGCACCAUCAGACUUACCUUUCCCUCCACCCGGUCAGAUCAACAGCAGAUUGCUUUCGCACUGGAAUCUGGAUGGUGCCUCGGUAUUGGCUGCGUCUUUGCUAGACCCUCAGCCUGGUGAGCACGUCUUGGACAUGUGUGCAGCACCGGGCGGCAAGUCCAUUGUACUUUGCCAAAGACUCUUCCCGCACUAUCAUCUUGACCCGUCUCCGCUCAAGCAGAAGUCUCUCAACAUCUUGAAGCUGCGUGAAGGCAGUCUGACCUCGAAUGAAGCAGAUGCGACACGACAUUGUCGACUUGGGGAUAACAUCAAAGCCUAUCUGCCCAAAGCUUUGAUCGACACGCCUGGGAGCAGGCUGCUGCGAGUGGACGGAGCAAAUCCCAAGAAUGCCAACCAACUGUGCGUCAGCGUUCAAGGCAAGAUUCAGGGUUUCGACAAGGUCCUCAUUGAUGCACCGUGUUCAUCCGAGCGACACAUAAUCCAUGCUCAAGCGAAAGCGCAAGCAUCUGGCAAAGAUGCACCAGAGAUGGUCAAUUGGCGACCUGGAUCGUCCAAACGACUGCAGGCGACACAGGUAGAUCUGCUAUUGAAUGGGCUGAGGGCUGCCCGGAUCGGAGGUACCAUCAUCUAUGCCACCUGUUCAAUCGAGCCUACCGAGAACGACGCUGUCAUUGAGAAAGUGCUUUCUCAGAUCGAGAAAGAGCGGAAGAAAGGUCAGCAGUGGAGCGCCAGAGUCGGCUUCGGUGCAGGCAUGGGCGAUCAAGCGCUCGAAGCUCAGAUUGAGACAUCUUGGGCAGAGAGGACGAAGCACGGCUGGAUCGCCCUGCCUGAUCAUCCUAGCGGAGAAGGCUGGGGCCCGUUGUUCUUUGCAUGUUUGACGAAGACUGCUGAUUGA